GCCUCCUGCACACCAGCGAGGGCGGGAAGGAGGAGACAGUCCUCCUCCUCCCCCCCCCCGCUUCCCCGGAGAAACAGCGGGCACUGAGGGCAAGCCUAAAAGAGGCCGCCAGCGGGAUCCAGAGGGAGGGAAGAAUCGCCGCCGCUAGCCACGCAAAGCCGCGGAUCGGAGGCGCCGCGAUGACUCUGGUGCUGCCCCUGAGCAGCUUCUGCGAGCCCAUUGUUUCUUCCGAAGGAGCCGGCGAGUUCCAGCCGCUGUGGGAAGCGCACUGUUGCAGUAAGAGCAGCCCCGCCUCGGAUGCCGCCGCCAGCAGCAGCAGCAGCAGCAGCAGCAGCAGCAGCAGCAGCACCGCCCAGGGGCAGGCGCAACAUCAGCCGCCGCCGCCGCAGGGCAGCGACGGCCGGACACCGGUUGGGCAGCCUCCGCCCUCAGCACUACACCACAGAGGAAAUCCAAACCCUAUAGCACCAUCUAAGAUCACAUAUUUUAAAAGAAAGUAUGUGGAAGAAGAAGAUUUUCAUCCACCACUCAGUAACUGUACACCCAAAACAAUCUCUGUAUUUGAGGAGCGGGCACAUAUUCUGUACAUGUCUUUGGAAAAACUGAAGUACAUUGAUGACCCUGAAGUCUACCUAAGGAGAUCAGUUCUCAUAAAUAAUUUAAUGAAAAGAAUUCAUGGAGAGAUUAUCAUGCAAAACAACUGGUGUUUUCCUACUUGCUCUUUUGGAGGUACUUCAAGUCAAGAGUGGUUCAUGUCUCAUGACUGCCCUUAUAGGAAGCGUCUUCGGAUGGCACGGGAGGACUGUGAAAAGAUCCACACAUGCUGUUUUUAUCAAGAAUGUGGCAGCCAUUAUUUAAGUCUACCAUUAUCUACUAAUUCUGCAGUGGGGAAUUCCAGUGCUUCUGUGUCUUUACCAAGUUGUUCCCAACAAGUGGAAUAUGGUAGCAACAGUUCCCCAGUUUAUAGGAGUGACGAACAUAUACAUGCCAAUGAAAUUUUCAUUACAAAUGCUGGGCCACAUGGUAAUCAGGACAAGUCAAUAUUCAGUAAUGAGAAAGGAGGCCAAGAUAUGGAUGGAGAACAUGCUUCAGACUGGGAUUCUUUGAAAAGUGAUCAUGCCAUAGAAUGUAAAAACAAAUAUUACAAUUAUUUUGAGAUGGGUCACGAUGACAAGAGCAACAUGAAUGAAUCUUGGAAGAAGUGUUUACGAAAAAAGGAGUGUUUACCAGACAUCCCUGAUUAAGAUAUCUAAGAUAUCUCAUAGCGCUAUUCUGCUAUUCUGACAAAUAUAGAGGGAGGCUGCUGAAGUAGAGCUCAGUUGCUCAAGAUUCAACAGGAAGAGCUUAACUUCCUUGGCUCUACAUCUGAGGACCAAGAAGCAGUCAAAUGAGGUAUCUGGGAAACAUUUCUGCUCCAAUAGCGAGGAAAGGGCCCUGCAAUGCAUUGUGUGGUCACUUUUCCUCAGCGUCAUUUACAUAACAUGAGGCUGUCUUUAACUUUUUUCUGUACUGAGGACAUGCAAAGAUUUUUAGGGCUGGGGCAUUCAAUGUGGUAUUGGAGGGCAGCAUAGUAAUGAUCAGAUCAUAUUGUGACACUCAUUGGAUUCUCUCUUCCAUAUGCAAAUGAAUUGAGCCAUAUCAUUUACUUGUACUGGGAAAAUAAAAUUUGCCCUAUUAAAAAAUGGGAGCCACUAGAGAUACUUGCAGAAAAGAGUUUUGUCUCCACAUGGGCUUUCCUCUUUAUUUCCAACUAAUUUUAAGUGAAAGAGGAAUCAUUGGACCAUUCUAUUUUCUUUUUUCUCCUCCUUAUUUUUCUAUCUCCCUUCCCUCUGUUUUUAUUUUGCAUAAGAGAAAGAAAAACAGAUAUAAAGUAAUAGCAGCAUUCCCAACUUUUGUGACUGGCCAUUUUGGUCAAGAGCCUGCGGUCUGUUUUCAUGACAUAAACAAGCAUGCACCCCCUUUCCCCAAUAAUAGAUAUAUACUAUGAUGCGCAAGCAGCAGGGGAAUGAGAGUAAAUGAAUCUGUGCAAUGUCGACAAUUUUAGAAUCCACCUAGCUGCUCCAAAAAAGAGUCAGGGAAGCUCUCAGCCCCCGCUUUGCUUCCCCUUCCAGUUUCUCAAAGACUGGGUGAAAAAAAAAAAAAUAAGAAACCCACACAGGCUUCAAAUAAUUACGAUUCAGGGUGAGGGAGUUCCUUAUCCAGAUCCCAUCAAUUUCUACUAAUUCUUCAUUACACAUGUGGCAACAAGGAGGUGGAUUAAAAGCCAAAAUAACUACAGAAAUGCAUAGAGAAUGCAUAGAGAAUGUUUUAAACUUUGAUAUUUUUUACAGGACUUCUCUAGGACUUUGUCAUCUUAGAAGAGACAGGAACUAGCUAACCAUCUGGCUAGCAGUCUUGGAUGGUAUUAAUUUAACUUUUGGCAAGACUGUGUCUCCUAUAUCUAAAUUCAUUCCCCAGGGAUUAGCUGAUUGAGUCAACUCAAACAUUUUUAAUGCUACUAUGACACAUAAAAUGUCCCAUGUAUGAAUAUUCAAGAUUCUUCCAUGGUAGCCACUGUAUUGCUAUGUCAUAGGUAUAUGUCAUGUGCCCAUAGGUCCUGCUUAUAGAGAAUUAAAUAUAAAAUUGAUAUAUGCCAAAAUGGGAAUUUUUACAAGGCUGACAUUUACAUUUUAAAAGGUUGUCCCACCUUUUUUUCUCCAAGACAAAAGCAUUUUUAUUAUUGCUAUCAAUAUUAAAUAUAGGUCUCAUUCAUACAGUGUAUGAGUAGGAUCAUUUAGUCAUUUGUCCACAUGGACCAAUUUUUUAAAAAGUUGACUUUUCUUGUGUUAGAUUCAGCUGAGAACAGAAAGAUCUGUUCUUCCUUUUCCAAUAUAUGUCAAACAUUGAAUGUUUUAAGCUUAGAUAUUUAGAUAUUUGUAUACUAAGAUGAUGUUGUAAUAGUGUUUUUUUUCUUGAUAUAUAUUUAUUAAAAUUAUAAAACAUUUUCAUUUAAAAAUGUUUUUCCUUUUUUGACAUCAAGAAAACAUUUAAGCAAAUAUUUGAGCAAGUGAAAUGUGACUGAUAAAGUUUUAAUUGGUUAGAUCAGCUAAAGACAUCAAAGCCCUUUUUUCCCUAGAACACUUUGUAAUAUUGUUUUGCUUUGUACAUGAAUUGUAUAUUCUGAACGAAUUGCUACAUUCCUAAAUAUAAGCCAGACUUAAUUUUGCUUUCCUAAUUUAAACAUUAUUUGUAAGAGUAUUGUAUGUUGUCAGCUGUGCCCAUUUUAAAUUUACCAGCCAGGUUGUUCCCUUCCUCCUGAACUGAAGUUGGCUUGGAAUCCCUAGGCUACUAGGAGGCUGAAUUCCUGUUUUCAGUUUUAAGGAAAAUAUUUCUCAUGUUUAUAGUCUGUUUUAGUGAGGAGAUACAGAUGUAUUGAAUUAAAUUAAGAGAUUUCCUAGGAGACAAUCUGUUGGUUGAAACUCCCUAAUAAUGGAAGAUGGGAAAGCAUUUUUGUGUAGUCUCUGGAAAUCUUUAAGAGAUUGAAAGAUUCACUGAAAUGGCUUAGAACAGCAUAUCUCAAUCUUGGCGGCUUGGAGAUGUAAGGAUUUCAACUUGCAGAAUUGCCAGCAAAUAUGCUAGUUGAGGAAUUUUGGUAGUUGAAGUCCACACAUCUUCAGGUCGCCAAGGUUGAGAAACACUUGCCUAGAACAAUUAAGCCAUAGAAUACAAGGGGAUUUGAUUUUAAGAGAAAUAGACUAUGUUAGGUUAACAACCCCAGAAAAUUUGUUACUAAUUGAAACAAAAUGGUGUUUUCAACUAAAAAGCUCCUAGUACUUACCUAUUUUGUCUUUGUUUCCUUAAUGGACUUUUUCUAGGGGAAAAAAUGAGAGGUCAUCAAAGGGUACAAAUGAAAGGCACUUUUCUUUGAAAUCUCUUAAUACUCAGUGGAUUGGUCAACGUGAUUAAAUAAUAAUGACCUCUCCAACUACACCCUUUGCGGUAAAUGACAAUGUGGUUUGUUUGAUUAAGGGUCAGUACUAGUGUGAUUCCUAAAUGUCAUUCACAUAAGUUUAUAGCUUAGCACAAUGUAUGAAUCUAAUUUUAAUUUUGUAGAUAUUUAAAAGAGCAAAAAAGGAAUAAUUAUUCACUCUUCUCAUAGAGACUAGUAUUUGAAUUAUGACAAGUAAAUUGUAGCCAAACAACCUUCCCUAAUCUCUCUUAGACUGCUUUUCCUAGUUUUAGAUCCCCAGAUGAUUUUAAGGAAAAUAGUUCCAAGUCAGCAUUAGCCAGCAUCAAAUUUGGUAGGAGUUAUAAUAAAAUAUCUGCUGACCCAUAGCUGAAGAAGAGAAAUUUCAAAAAAAAUCUAAACAAUUCAGCAAUGAAGCAGAUGAAAAAAGUUAUGCUUUUUAAUAUCACUAGAGGAGUUUUUUAUUUUUAUUUUUUAAAGACUGCAGGCACUCAGUCAAGUUGUAAAAACUACUGUGAUACAUGAUAAUAGAUCCCAGUAUGCAUCUUUUACUUUUUUCAUAUUUUUAAACAGAUAACAAAUUAAAACAAUACUGUUUGAUUAAAUAAUAUGCCUGAGGAUAAUAAUUAGAAGACUAAAUUUCUUGUCAUAAAAGAAUUUAAACAAAAUUCAACAAAAUUAGAGGAGAUAAUAUAUUAAAGGUAGGAUAAAGAUAUCCCAUAAAUUAUUUUAUUUUAAUAUUUUUUAAAUUUCAUGCUGCCCAGCUCCAUAUGACUCUGGGUAGCUCAUAAUGUGCCAGAGAAUAUAAAAAAAACCCAAUAUAAUAAAAACAUUAUGAAUUUGUUAUGACUUCUUACUAGGGCUAAACAGAAAUGGCUACCAUGCUUUUAAUGACCUAACUGGAACUAGUUAAAUUACAAAUAUCAUCUGAUGUUUUACUUUGUACAUUAAUUGUACUGUACAUUCUAAAAGUACUGCUACAUUCCUGGAUGCAAGUAGAAGUUAGUUUUGCUUUUCUAAUUGGAAAAUUAUUUUAGUGUAUCUGUGUUUUGUCAAUAGUUCCUAUUUAAGACUUACCAAAGUGUUCCAGUAAAACCCUCCCUCCUAAUACAAAAUUCAUUAAUUUUUACACUGAGACUUCUAUCAUGGAGAGGGUUGGCAAAACCCAUAAACCUGCUCUCUAAUAAAGUCUUGUCAAAGAACAAUGUUCAACACAUGGUUUACAUUAAGCCAUAUUGUGAUUUCUUUAGUUUGGGCUUAGCAUGUUGAGCAAACCUAACAAACUGUGUUUUGUAAAACAUAUUUUAUAGUUUAGUAUAAUGUGUCAACUCAGUCAAUAAUUAUUCAAUAACAUAUCUUAUGGUUUAUUGUAAUAUAUAAACCUAGUUCAUGUUGAGAUAAAUCAUGUUGAAAAAAUACACAGAGACAUAGACAUAAAAGUGUAUGCAGUAUAUCAAUGCAUAAUAUAACAGUUUGCUUGGCAGUCUUAUGAAACAGGAUACCCCCUUCUCAAAUAAUGUGCUAAUUUUUAAACAUAGUUAAUUAGAACUAUACUGAUUUUCACCAUAGCAUGUAUAUCAGAGAUUGAAGGAAGUUGAUGGUGAGGCAUUAAUUUUCUAACAUCUACAAUGAUUCAUAAAAUAGAUAACCACAUUUUUCCUUUAUAUAAACAAAUGAUUAAGCAUUUUGCAUGCCAUGUUGCAUUUCUGUUAGUCUGUGAUGAGGACACUAUGUCUACCACAGUAAUACCAAUCAGCAGUGCUGAUUCUGUCUUUUGGCAUAUAAAAGUUACCCUAAUUAGGACUUAAUCCUGUGCACAAUCAAAUUUUGACCUUGGCAAGAGUUCACUUACUUAGCAGUCAUCAUGACUAAGCUUUACUUCCAGACAACUAGAUUUUCAAGCAUGAAAGUGACUGACUAAAGAAUCUCUCCUUUGUUAUUAUGGUCUCUUUGUUACCAUAAAAUAUGCAUAUAGUUGUAGAAUAAGAAAUAUAACUCAAACAAUACAAUGAAGACGGUUUUUAAAAUAUAUAUUUUGAUAGAAGCACCAUGCAAAUGCACACAAACAUAGCAUUAUGAGCUUAACAUACAAGUGGAAAGUCUCCAGUAUGUUCAACAUGUUCAACAAAUAACAAUCCUAGGGAGAAAUGGAUUAGCACUUAAUAUUGUAUACAAUCAUAUACAACAUUGUAUGCAGUGUAUACAAUUGUAAAAUUAUCCCAAAAGAUAAAAAGAUAAUUAUAAAACAAUUACGGUUAUCCUGACUAGAAAUUAUGAGGGGUAGCCUGAAUUAAAAAAGGUGAAAUUUUUACUUGCCAUUAUCAACAGUGAGUUUAAUUAGCAAAUUUUGAUAUAGGCAUUUCUAGUCAUUAAUUCAAUAAAAAUAGGAAAUCGUAUCUGUUGCUGAAGCAGAUGGAAAGCAUUGUCUGACUCUGAUACACAGAGAUUCCCUUGCGAUGUUGCAAAAUAUCUCAGGUCAAUUUUAUUUUAAUACAUAUUUUGUCCUGGCAGUCUGCCCAGAAGAAGUUAAUCCAGCUCAAGAUUAAUCUGAGAAUGUAAGAGAUGCAUCCAAGACCAUGUAAGGCUCGGUUUGGCCCUUGUGAACUAAAAAGCUACAAAUAUUGAGUGUGGAGCAGCUCAUGAAGGAUGUCAGAAUGAGAUUGUUUUCCAAGUUGAGAUAAUACAGACUCUUCAAAGCUAGAUGAAUGGUCUUUUAAGACUAUGGUAAGAUUUGUAACCAUAUUUAUCAGUCCAAAUAAUGCAUUUGGAAUAUUAAAAGUAGCCCCACUAUUCUAGGAGUCUGUGUUGAUUAUUGAUAACACAGUAUUGAAAUCUCAAUACUUUCAUUGCCUAUCUGCUAUAGAAUAGUGUUGCUCAAUCUUGGCCGCUUAAAGAUGUGUGGACUUCAGUUCUCAGAGUAUCCCAGCCAGCAUGAAAUAGAAUAGAAUUGUACUGCAUAAUGGGCUACUGAUAUAUCUCAUUCUCCCAGCUCCAAAAGGAAUACAUUGCAUUAGAAAUAUCAAUAUACUUGAAGAAUCUGGCAAAGACAUCUAGGGAAAAUGAAGUGGAGAAGUGAGCCAAAUCAACCUCAAAACUAUGUACAUGAAAGCCAUAGAACGAAGAGGUAAGGAAAUUAUGAACCAUACUCAAGAGCAGGAGGUACCUUUGCCACCAACAAUUUUCCGCUGUUUCCAGGCUUUAGCAUCUGCAGCAGCUAUUACCAUCUUGGAUCCAUCAAGUGUUUCUAGAUCCAGAUUUACUUCAGUGUUUAAUUCCAAAAACUAAAAGCAUGCAAGGAUCAGAAUCUGUGCUGAGGAACUACAAUUUUAGAAGUAGCAGAAUAUUUAAUAUAACGCUGCCCUUUCUGACUCCCUCCCCCAUCCCCCUGCCACCCAUGUAAUGGGUUGGCUGCCUUUGGCUAUGAUUGCAGGGCAGCUUGAAGCAGCUGGCAAGCAACUAUUAGCAUAACAAAGAAUGGUAUUAUAGCAUUGUUCUAUACACUUGUGAGCCUUCAAAAUAUCUUGAUGCUCAUGUGCAUUUUACACACAGUUAAAUUCCUUUUAGAAGUGUGUAAAUUUUAAAUGUGCUUUUUGGACAUCCAUGGGAGAAAAAUUAUAGCUUUAUAACUGUGCUCCAAUUUUACAUAGAUAUAUUAUCUUCUGUAAUAUCUGCAGAUAAUUGUCAUAUCCUCACCAACCUCUCAUUACAGCUAUAAUGCUGUAGGCUUUAAAUGGAAGAUUCUCAUACAUUAAUACAUUCUCAAAGUAGAGAUAGUGCUGAGAUGAGACUUAAGACAGAAUAUAUCCAGAUUUGGAAGACCUGCAAUAUAAAUAUAAAGAUUCAUACAUAACAUUUAAUGCAUCUGAGAAUGAAUCCUUGAUCUCAGUUUAAAUUUAAUGACACUUCACAAUAGCUGAAGGUAUCCCUUGUCAUAGAGAAACUCCCAUGCCCUCUAUGUAUGUUUGGAAUUUGCUCUUUCUCUCUGCUAAUUAGUGUUGACCACAGGAUUAGGGCUGGCUAGUAUGCAGUCACAAGACUCUAUAAACUAGCCAGGAAAUGACUUCAUAUUUGAAGGAUCUCCUGGUAAGUCUUUUUGGGAAAACCCCUUGUGAGACAAUAACUAUGAUCUGAUCAGCAACCACUUUAUUUUCCCACAAUGUACCUGAUGUGGCAUUUCUCCAAGACACUGUGGCUAAUUGUGUGCUACUUAGAAAUGUUUCAGAUACAGAUGCACCUGGCAGAGUACACACAAAAGGCCUAUACAUAUUGAUUACACAAUUUAUAUGAAACAGUCUAUACUAUGUAGUAUCCAAGAUGUCUAAUAAUAAAUGCACACCUUCACUUAUGCUGCAUAAAAAUAAUCAAAAUUGAAAUUACUUUAGCUCAAAUCGAAAAGCUCUGGUUUGAAGGAAAAGUCAUUAUUCCUUUCUUGAAAGUGGAAAAAAAUGGGACUGAACAUAGUACUAUAUUGCUUGGUAGCAACCUAGCAAAAGUCCCUUUCUUGCACACUCACCAAAUGGAUCUAACAAAGUGAAGGCAUUAUUAAGGUCACAUAGUCUUGUCCUGCUAAUGUUUCCAUUCAGUAUUGUGAACUACAUGACAAGUUUCUUCCUGUUAUUGUACAGUUAUUGUCUUCAAACAACGGAUCUGAGAAUACCUACAGGCAAACAAAGUCAUAACCAGAAGCCAACAUGGGUUUGUCAAAAAAUGAUCAUGCCAGACAACUCUUUUUUUUUUACAAAAUUUUAUUGAAUAUACAAUUAAAAAACACAAAAGACACAUUAAACAUAAUACAAUUAAAGACAAAAAAGACACAUUGGACAUGAUACAACUUCCCUGUUUAAAUGAUACUAUUAAUAUUACCUUACAUUAAGUUAUUACAUUGUUACACAGUGCAUAUUCUUUCAAUAAAAUACAUCCUAGUUAAAUAACUUUUGGUUCUGUCUGAUAUAACAAAUAUUAAAACAAGAAUUUCUAAGUUAUCUACUUAAUCAUCAGCCUUUGUCCCAGGGUACCUCUUUAAAUCCAACCAAUUAUACACUUUAUUCCAAAUUUCAAAGUACUCUGUUUCUGUUUUAUUUUUGAGUUCUAAUGUCAGUCUGUCCAUUUCCGCACAGGAUAGAAUUUUGUUUAGUAUUUCUUCUUCGGGGGGGGGGGGUUCUUUUCUUUUCCAAUUUUGAGCAUAUGUUAAUCUUGCUGCGGUUAAAAUGUGCAGAAUUAAAUAUAAAGCUCCUUUGCUGAUCCCUAAUAAAAAGAGUUCUGGUUUUACUUCAGUUUUUAAUGAUAGUAUCUCUUCUAACCAAUUCUUUAUCAAGUGCCAAAAUUCGAGCUUCUGAGCAUUUCUACCACAUAUGAUAGUAAGUCCCUGGUAUUUUCCUACAUUUCCAACAUAAUGGUGAAGAUUUUUUGUCUAUUUUUGCUAGCCUUAUAGGGGGAAGGUGCCACCUGUAAAACAUCUUGUAUAAAUUUUCUUUGUAAGUAAUAGCUAAUGUUAAUCUCCUAUUCCUGUCCCAUAGUAAUUGCCAAUAAUCUAACUCGAUAUUAUAGCCGAAGUUUUUAUUCCAAAUUAACAUUGUAUCUUUUACCUGUUCUGCUGGCAUACUUUGUUUUAAUAAAUAUUGGUAAAUCUUU